GCUACAUCCCCGCCCGGCUGCGGCUCCCGCGUCUGAACUUCAUGCACGCUUCUUGCUCUGCCAGUCCGACCGAAACUAAUCGCAAGGUCGCGGCGUCUCUCGCAUCCUCGCAGGAAUUAAUGGUUAUCGUGCUGGACUACUGUUGCCUUUUUCCGCUUUUUUUUUCCGGGGUCCGUUUCAUUCCGGCUUCUCUGGGUGAACUCGAGUGUCAACAAUUGAACAAGCUCCAAGAUAAAGAGGCACCAUGCCGCAGCAUUCGGUUUUAGCGAGUAAAAACUACGACUACGAGUACGACUCCCUCCAGCCAUAUUUCUAUGACAACGAAGAGGAUUUUUAUCAUCAGCAGCAGCUCCAGCCUCCGGCACCGAGCGAAGACAUCUGGAAGAAAUUCGAGUUGCUCCCCACCCCUCCCCUCUCGCCCAGCAGACGACCGUCGCUGUCUAGCCUCUUCCCCUCGACUGCCGACCAACUGGAGAUGGUGACCGAGUUUCUCGGGGACGACGUGGUCAACCAGAGCAUCAUCUGCGAUGCGGACUACUCGCAGACCUUCCUCAAGUCCAUCAUCAUCCAGGACUGCAUGUGGAGCGGGUUCUCGGCCGCGGCCAAGUUGGAGAAAGUGGUGUCUGAGAGGCUCGCCUCGCUCCACGCCGCGAGGAAGGAGACGGCUGUGGGCGACAGCGCGGAGUGUGCGACCGGGCGGCUCAACACCAACUACCUGCAGGAUCUCAACACCUCCGCGUCCGAGUGCAUCGACCCCUCCGUGGUCUUCCCGUACCCGAUAGCCGAGACGCCCAAGUCGGCGAUGGUGCCACCUAAGGAUCUGUCCCUGGACACCCCACCAAACAGCAGCGGCAGCAGCAGUUGUAGUGACUCAGAAGAAGAUGAGGAAGGGGAUGAGGACGACGAAGAAGAGGAGGAGGAGGAGGAGGAGGAAGAAGACGAAGAAGAGGAAGAGGAGAUAGAUGUGGUCACCGUGGAGAAGAGGCAGUCUGUGAAGCGGUGCGACUCCAGCUCGUCAGAGACCAGGCAUCCCAGCCCCCUCGUGUUGAAGAGGUGCCACGUCUCCACCCACCAACACAAUUACGCCGCCCACCCAUCCACGAUGCAGGAGCAGCCGGCUGUCAAGAGGCUGAAGCUGGAGGGCAGCGGCAGCCACAGCAGGGUCCUCAAACAGAUCAGCAGCAACCGCAGGUGUUCCAGCCCCCGGACGUCGGAUACGGAGGACUACGACAAGAGAAGGACUCACAACGUGCUGGAGCGUCAGAGGCGGAACGAGCUCAAGUUGAGCUUCUUCGCCCUGCGGGACGAGAUCCCGGAGGUGGCCAACAACGAGAAGGCGGCCAAGGUGGUCAUCCUGAAGAAGGCGACGGAGUGCAUUUACAGCAUGCAGACGGACGAGCAGAGACUACUGUCGCUGAAAGAGCAGCUGAGGAGGAAAAGUGAACUUCUAAGACAGAGGCUUGCACAGUUGCAGAGCUCUCGCGUUUGAAUCCAUUGAAUUGAAAGACUUUUUGUUCUGGCCUUCAUGUUUUUUAUGCAAGUUUUUUUUUUUUUUGGUUUCAUGUGUACAGUUAUUGCAUGCAAAUGCAAAAGAUCCUUGGAGUCCUGUUUUUUUGAUUUUUUUUUUCAAUGUUAAAACUGCCUCAAUUGAACUUAUGGGUGGAUUAAAUAUUUAAAGUUUAUUUUUAUUAAUAAAAUAUUAAAAAAAAAAGAAAAAAAUGGGGUGUACCAAGUUAAGGGCCCCCAAACCUAAAAUAUAAAUUUUUACGUUUUGUAUAUAAUAUUUCCAAAGAGAUGUAUUUUUGGAUCUCAAUUUUUGUCUGGAAUAUCAGACACGGAUGUUUUAAGUGUUCGGUUUUCCAUUUUUGUCCCAGGUUUCCUUUGAAAUAUAAAGAU